GCCAUUGCUGCUCAACCUCCUCUGGCAGUACUAUCCAACCGCUUGCAAAGGUUUCCGCUUCUUUCUUUAUCCUUGCUGGGAAGAAAUAGCAUUUGCAAUAACCGCUUGCGCUUGAUGUCCAAGGACUCCGAUGGGUCGGGUGGACUAACUUUAUAACGAUGCUGGAACUGAGCUUGUUAGAAGAAUCGCUAAGAUGGUUCCUGGAAUUGGUGGCUUUGACGGAAUUUUCCCGCUCGGUUGUUUAAUGCAAUGUAUUGUAGCAGGAUCUAUGCCGAUGGCAUUCAGGGGUCAUUGGAGAGCAUACAGCUCAAAAAUAGACCUGAAGAAGCUUAGGCCAAUGAUACUCGAAAGAAUUGAGAACCGAGCGAAGGAUUAUCCAGUGCCUGGAAUGAUUCCAGUGGCCGAAGAGGUUCUCAAGGCCAGAGAACUUCUUUUCCAAGGAGUCUUCACCCUGCUCAAACUAUUCCCCAUAGUUUCUUGCAAGUUUUGUCCAGAGGUAUACAUCGGUGAGAAAGGUCAUUUAAUCCAGACUUGCCACGGAUACAGGCGCAUUGGAAAGAAUCGGGUUCAUGAAUGGGUCCAUGGUGGUUUGAAUGACAUACUUGUCCCUGUAGAAGCUUUUCAUCUGCACAACAUGUUUCAGGGUGUUAUCAAACACCAGCAAAGAUUCGAUUUCGAACGUGUUCCCGCAAUCGUGGAGCUUUGCAUGCAAGCAGGAGCAGAUGUAACAGAUGAAAUUUUGAGAUCUGGUUCAUUAACCGCUGAAGAAUCUUAUGGCGGAAUCAGUGGAAUUGAGUCUUUGUCCGAUGAUGAUAUAAGGGUGGUAGCAAAUGGCACGUUGAAGGCAUGGGAGACACUUAGAUCCGGUGUUAAGAAGCUAUUACUGGUCUAUCCCGCAAAAGUUUGCAAACAUUGUUCCGAAGUUCACGUUGGGCCAUCCGGUCAUCAAGCUCAUCUUUGUGGAGUAUUUAGAUAUGAGAGUUGGCGUGGCUCCCAUUAUUGGAUAAAGGCAAAUGUUAAUGACUUGGUCCCUCCAAAGAUGGUGUGGCGGCGACGGCCUCAGGAUCCAAAAGUGCUUUUGAAUGAAGGUCGGGAUUACUACGGCCAUGCACCGGCGGUAGUCGAUCUGUGUUCAAAAGCAGGUGCUAUUGUUCCAAGUAAGUAUUUAUGUAUGAUGAAAGUGAAUGGUUUACCUGGACCUAUUACUAGAGUGUAACCUUGAUAUUGUUAGCAAAAUCUCAAGUCUGAGGUUGUGUUAGGGCUCAUCAUUUAUACAAUUUCCUGCUAUAAUGACAAGUAUUUAUUCAACAUUGUAGUCUCUUCCAAAGCUUGAGUUACUCUGGAGAUGGAAGAAAAGGGAAAUAGAAUUUGGAAAGAUGAACAAAAUGUUGGUUUUGAAUUCUUUAAUAUUAAAUAUUAGUUCAUUUAA